CACCCUGUAUCACACCGUGUCAUCUUGUGUCGCUUGUUGGAAGGCACCCAGGGAUUUAAUAACUUUUCCGAAGUUACAAAUCGAGCCUUAACGGUCAAAAAUGGGUGUAGAUGAACCAGUGGAAUGUCCUCCGAUAGGAGAUGAGAUGUCUAAAAAAGCAUUUAAAAAGCAGCAGAAGGAGAUACAAAAAGCAGCAAAAAAGGCAGAAAGAAAAACUCAAUCUCAUUCUCAGCAAGAAUCUACAAAUGAAUCUGAAGAUGUGUCUUUGGAAAAGUAUGGACAGAUGAGUAUGAUUCAGAGUAAAGAGAAAUUUGAGGAUAGAAAAUUUACGACGAUCAAGAAUCUGGAUAAAAAACUGGAGAAUCAGAUGGUUUGGCUCAGGGGUCGUUUACACACUAGUCGUGCAAAAGGCAAACAAUGCUUUAUCGUGUUAAGACAACAAUCGUACACUGUUCAAGGAUUAGCUGCUGUAAAUGAAGAAAUCAGUAAACAAAUGAUAAAAUUUAUAUCCAACAUCACAAAAGAGUCCAUAAUCGAUGUCAUGGCCAAAGUGAUGCCUGUGCCCUCGAAAAUCGAAUCGUGUUCGCAAAAAGAUGUUGAAGUUCAUUUGAAAAAAAUAUUUGUGGUAAGUGCCGCAAAGCCACAACUUCCUUUGCAAAUAGAAGAUGCCGCAAGACCUAUUGGCGAGGUGGACGAGACGACAUUGAAUGUGCGAGUAAAUCAGGAUACAAGACUGGAUAAUAGAAUUCUGGAUCUACGUACUCCGGCUAAUCAAGCAAUUUUCAAGGUGGAAGCUGGUGUUUGUAAGCUCUUUAGGGAUAUUCUGACAAGAAAGGGUUUUGUUGAGAUUCACACUCCUAAAAUAAUUUCUGCAGCCAGUGAGGGUGGAGCGAAUGUAUUUACAGUGUCUUAUUUUAAAGGCAAUGCUUACUUAGCUCAAUCACCGCAAUUGUAUAAACAAAUGGCAAUUGCCGCAGAUUUUGAUAAAGUUUUCACUGUUGGAGCAGUUUUCAGAGCGGAAGAUUCCAAUACGCACAGACAUUUGACAGAAUUUGUGGGCCUUGAUCUGGAGAUGGCCUUCAAGUAUCAUUAUCACGAAGUGAUGGAUACCAUUGGGCAGAUGUUCACCGAACUAUUUAAAGAAUUACGUGAUAAUUAUGCAGAUGAUAUAGCAGCAGUUAGUCAACAGUAUCCAGUAGAGCCUUUCAAGUUUCUCGAACCAGCCUUGAAAUUAGAGUAUCCACAGGCGAUUGAAUUAUUGGCAGAAGCGGGUGUAACUCUUGGAGAAGAGGACGAUUUGUCGACACCGGAUGAAAAACUCCUGGGAAAACUCGUUAAGAACAAAUAUGAUACAGACUUUUACAUUUUGGAUAAGUAUCCUCUUGCUGUAAGACCAUUCUAUACCAUGCCGGAUCCAAAUAACCCUAAAGUAUCCAAUUCAUAUGACAUGUUUAUGCGAGGUGAGGAAAUCAUAUCUGGCGCACAACGUAUUCAUGAUCCGGAUUUUCUUACCGAACGCGCUAAACAUCAUGGAAUUGAUAUUGAGCAAAUCAAAUCGUACAUUGACUCCUUUAGAUAUGGCUGUCCACCACAUGCCGGUGGUGGCAUAGGCAUGGAGCGCGUAGUGAUGCUGUAUCUCGGCUUGGACAAUAUUCGUAAAGUGUCUAUGUUUCCACGCGAUCCAAAACGGCUCACUCCUUGAGAGGCUUAAUUUCAAAUGUAGUUGUAUAUGGAGAGGACUCGUAU